UCACAACCCAGCACUGUGCGAGUGAGGAAGUCCUCGCACCGAGCGCCACCUGAGCGCCACCGGAAGUCCUCGCACCGGUCAGUGAGGAUGUCGCCUUAAUGUCUUCUUUCUCCGUAACUUAGAGCUGAUGAGAUGGAAAACAUGGUGACGGACAUCAGGGAUGAACCACAGACCGACUUCACCUACUGCUCUGGAGCCAACACAGAGGUCCUUAAAUUUGGCUCCUGCCAGUUACAUUCCGGACACAAACUCCUGUUUCUUAUCAUUCCGGGUAAUCCUGGCAUCGUGGGCUUCUACAGAAGCUUCAUGCAAACGCUUCAUAGCAAGUUUGGCUACCGUCACCCGGUGUGGGCUGUGAGCCACGCUGGCCACUGUGUGCCUCCGGACUCCAUGGACAUGGUCGAAGAUGCCUCCUUCGCAGCUGAGGGAGAUGUGUUUGGUCUGAACGGGCAGAUUGAACACAAGCUGGCCUUCCUCAGGGAACAUGUUCCCAGAGAGACCCGCCUGGUCCUGGUUGGGCACUCCAUCGGCUGCUACGUCAUUCUAGAGAUGAUGAAGAGAGAUCCUGACCUCAAGAUUCUGAAGGCUGUCAUGCUGUUUCCCACCAUUGAGCGCAUGGCUCAGACCCCUCAGGGGAAGGUCAUGACCCCUGUGCUGUGUCACAUGCGCUAUGUGGCCUACCUGCCUCUCUUCCUGCUCUCGCUGCUGCCCGACACGCUGAAAAGCAGCCUGGUCAAACUGGUGUUUGGUGGCAUUCACUCUCUGGACCUCAGCGUGCUCCGGCCUACUGUCGGUCUGCUCAGUGGAGACUGUGCAGCUAAUGCGAUGUACAUGGGUGCUCAGGAAAUGAAGAAAGUUCUGGAAAGGGACAAUUUAACCAUCACGAACAAUCUUGAAAAGCUCAUAUUUUAUCAUGGAAGCACGGACCACUGGUGCCCUGUGCAGUAUUAUCAUGACAUCAAGCGGGACUUUCCUCGGGGAGAUAUCAGACUGUGUGAAAAAGGGUUCCGCCACGCCUUUGUCCUGGAUGCAGGGAGAGAAGUCGGCAGAAUGGUGGCAGAAUGGAUCCGUGGGGAUUUGACAAAUCUUUAAUCUUUUCGCCUUCUGGUUACCGCGACGACACUGUUCAGUGGAAAAGAUGGCGUUUUCUCUUUUAAUUAGCUGUGAUACGUGAACUGACUUCAAAUGACUGAAUAUAAAUGGUUUAGUGGUGGGAGGAUAUCAAAUAUGAAUUUUAAUAUAUAUCAUAUUUAUAUAAUGAUGUAAUGUCAUUUGGUGAAGUGUGGCAACCUAAACAGUAUAAACAAUAUGACAAAGUCUUCAUGCACUGCAGUGUUUCAAGGGACAUUGAGGGCCCCAGGCCAAACCUCAUCAUUCCAAUUUUAAAAACGAUGCGUUAUUAUCAACGGCUUACUUUGUGCAUAUACAUACAUAAGUAGUAGUGACAUUUAAAGGGGCGGUAAGCAAUUUUAAUCCAAUACACUUUUUGUAACAAUCAGCGAAUAUUUUCUUACAAAAACAAAUCUGGGUUUUCAGCGCAGCCCUGCCUCUGUAAAUCAAAAAACAAAUAAAAUGGUGAGGACCGCACCUCAGAACACUGCAGCUUGUGAACAUCAGUCGUCGACACCUUAAGAGACGUGCUAGUCAAACGCUAUAGCCAAGCCGUUUUGUAUGUGUGUGUGUAUAUAUAUAUGUAACUUGUAAUUGAAACACUGACUUUGUUAUACCGAAUAAAGAAAGGAAAGAUAUUGCGAUUGUGUGAAAAACUGCUAACAUCCUAUU